AUGAAUACCAAAGCGCUGGUUCUCCUAGCUAUUGGGACAUUGGCUAUAGGUCUUGUUGCCACUCAAACUAUCUUGUGCGGCAGAAGGCUGGCUGAGACGAUGGCUUCGAUAUGUGAAAGUGAGAUGGUAAUCAAGAAGUCUGUCCCCAGCUCGAUAGAGGACUAUGAUUACUCCUGGCAGUGGCUGGCUCCGCGUCUCGCGCAUAGAUUGAGCCAGUCGACGAGCCAGUCCAGAACUAAGAGGGGCAUCGUCAGUGAAUGCUGUGAGAAACCCUGCACCAGAGACGAAUUGCUUAACUACUGC